AUAUAUCCCGAAAUUUGUAAGUUAUCUUUGUUGGGUUCAAACUUCAAAGAGCAAUACAGUAUUGUUAAACCUGUAUUCCAAACUAAUACAUUUGAUUUUACCUAAAAAAAUAAUGUUAAAUCCAAUUAGUUUUGCUUGCUGCAAUAACAAAUGGAGGAUUCUGUCAGAAAUUCCCUAAUGUGGGGUAUAUAUAUGCUGGGGAAUUUCACCCAUUUGUUGUUAUAUACUAUAGAUGUAAAACAAGUUUCAUGUAAUGCUUAUUUUGCCUGCAAGAUGGAAUAGGUAACAAGAUCCUUUUCAUUUUAUUUUCAUGAAUGCAUGAUACAGGGAGUUUGCGUUAAGCAUGGCAUUUUUUGCUGUGAAUUUUGGGAUGGAAAGGGGUGUGCAAUUUCCUUUCUGUUUUAGUUAUUGAGCUUGCCGUUCGCCGUACCAACACAAUGCCUUUAAUGUUUCCAACUAUCAAAAUAAAUUGAGUUUGGAAUU